AUGCAACCACCGCAACGCCGUCUUCUCGAACAUCCGCGCAGAGCCAAGCAGGUAUACCGCAGCCACGACUACAACAUCGCACGAAAACACCGUCAGCCUCAAAAUAAGCUCGACGAGGACAGACCUUAUCGUUCGUCAGAUGUGAAGAAUAACGAAGAAGAAAACGAGGAAGAGGAGGAAGAAGAAGAGGAAGAGGAAAAUCAAGGCGAGGAGGAGGACAAGCUCGACGACCUGGAUGAAAAUGACGAAGAGACCGCGGAACAAGACGAGGAAGAAACGGUGAACGAGGAACCCAGCGAGGUCGCGGUCGCCGCCGCCAGGAAUCGUGUAGCGAGAUCUGGUUACGUGCCACUUGGGAGUGAGACCGGUGAACAUGAGAGACAAGAAGUCGUGAGGAUCAGAUCAGUCACUGAGGAGUGCGAGGACGAGCCUACAGAACCGUCGCAAUAUUACGAAUACGAGACCGAAGUGAGAAAUAUCGCCUCUCAGGACGAGGAGUGUCGAGUGACGUUAUCCGCGAAAGUCUUCGGUACGAGUCUGCUGAUUUUCAUACUUGCCUAA